UAUUCAGCAGUUUGUGAAGUACGCCAAUGCGGCGUGAUUGUCGCUGAUCGUUUUCUUUGAAAGAUGGAGAAACAAUUUGCAGCCUGCCACGAAUGUAUUUUGUCGAACAGAUUUAAACUUCAGGAAUUCAAUAUUACAUGAUUUGUAAUUUGUGAUCUUGAAGAAAGUGAAGUAAUAAUGAAAUAUGAAAUGAGACUGAAUAAUUAGAAUUAAAGCAGCUAUCAACUUUCAACAUGUUGCAUGAGAUUUUACUAUCACUAUGGGGAUGUUCAACUAGUGUAUCGGAGAUAAUAGAGACAGACUCUGUAGAUCUUGAGAAAUACUUACAUCCUGGAGAACAAGCACUACUCAAUAGGAUAUUAGAUAUAGUAAAAGAGUGCAAUGUUAUACGAGGUUUUAUACGUGAAUAUUCGAUACAUGGUCAAGAUACAAAAGAAAAUAUAACUCCUGGUCUUUAUGCCCGUGCUCUGUGUGAUGGAAUGGACCAGGCACUGGAACCAUUUCGUGAAGAAAUAGUUAAGUUAGAAACUACAGUCUUAAACAACAAUUAUACUCCUCUAUCAUUAAUCCUCUGCAGCGUUGAGAACUAUACUUGCUUGUUCUCUGUUUUACAUUCUAUUAUUCGUGAAAUUCGUACACAGAAACUGUAUGGUUGUAAAUUGUUGCAAUGUUUACAUCAGCGUAUGCAUACUGGUAUACCCAAGAUCAACUUUGCUUUGAAACUGAUGGUUCAUAACAUUCACAUUGUUUUCUACAAGCAUUUAACAAGCUGGCUCUUAUAUGGACAAUUGGAAGAUGUUCAUAGAGAGUUCUUCAUACAGAAAGUAUCAGACUGUGACAGAACCUUAGUGCACGUGAAGAGUAAAGACGACGUUGAUACACGCGAAUUGUCGAUCAGCAAGAAAUCAGACGUUGAUAUGUGGGACUACAAUGUCCAGAUCGACAUGCUUCCAUCAUACAUCAGGCCAUCGUUGGCAAACAAGAUUUUGACUAUUGGUCAGACCGUCAUUAUGUUCGGAAACGAUCCCAGACAGAAAAGAGAUUUUAGCAUGACGUCUAAGACGGAGAAUUCGGUGUGGGGUGACAAGGAAUACGAAUUCUUCAGAAAACUUCAGAAUCUUCAAGCGAAGUCCGUCUUCAACAUCGUCGAGUUCGAUCGCACGAUCAACGAGUUGAAGCAAUGCGUGACCGAGCUUCUGUGGCACGUCGCUGUCGAAGAGGCGCAACUGAUGCAGCAACUCAGGCUGGUGAAGGAGUUCUUCCUAAUGGGGCGCGGUGACCUGUUUCUUGAAUUUAUCAAGCUCACAGCACACAUCCUUAACAAGGCGCCGACGAGUCACACGUCUAGAGACAUUAAUCUCGCAUUUCAGAUAGCAUUGAGGAAAAUGCAUUUGAACGACGAAAGUGCAAUUGACAGUUUUAACUUCGCUGUGCCCGUACCCCCUUCCGAGAACGAAGACACUGAUACAGAUGCCACCGAUUUUCCUGAUGAUGAGAGACAAGAUCCUAAUGAGAAACGUGGCUGGGGUACAAUUAUCUUAAAAUAUAAAGUCGUUUGGCCGUUGCACUUGUUGUUUAGUCCAGUCUCAUUAAGCGAUUACAACACUCUGUUUCGCUUUCUGUUGAGAGUUAAGAAAACACAGAUAGAUCUGUGGAAUUUAUGGAGUGAACAUAUGCAUUACAAAAACAUAGAUAUCGGCGUCAUCCAGUUGAGAAAUAAUUUGAUUUUUAUUAUCGACAAUUUGCAGUAUUAUCUGCAAGUAGACGUGGUGGAGAGUCAGUAUACUGUAAUGGAGACAAGUAUGAAAAGUACACGAAAUUUCGAAGAUAUACAGAAGGCGCAUUCUGUGUUCUUGGCUAACGUCAUGUCGCAGACCUUUUUGUUGGGCAGUGGAGCGGGAAAGAAAAAUCCAGUGAAUAAGCUGAUACAUCUUUUGUUACGGCUAUGUGACGACUUUAUUUUGCAAGCAUCCAUGUGGGAAGUUGGAAAUUUACUUUUAACGGAGAAAGAAGAACUCAAAACGUUAUGUGAGACACUAGACAGCGUAAUGAAUUGGUUGACGAAAGCACUGAACAAAGUACGUGCGCAACCCAGUGGGGAACAUUUGGCUCGAUUAAUAUUGAGGCUCGAUUUCAAUAGAUGGUUUAGCAAAAAAGUUUGAAGGAAGUGAUUUGUGUAAUAAAUUAUAAAUAAGACGAUAUACUAGAAAAAGAAGAUUGUAUUACAUUCUUUGUUAAAAAAAUUAAAUUAUUGGAUCCCCUGAAGAUCCAAAUAAAUGAAUUUGAAAAAAAAUUACAUAAUUCAUUUCAAAGGAUAUUUACAUAUUCUUUUUCCAUAAGUCGUCUUGUACGUUUUAAAUCUAUAGUGCUUUCUUACAUUAAAUAAUUUGUAUAGUUGAAUGAUUAAUUGGAGCAUAAUUAAUCUAGUUUCAUUCAGUUUAGUUGUUACAAUGAUGCUCUAUGUAGAUCAUUCUUAAAUAUUUGUACGGUAAAAUAAUACUAAUAGCGUUACGAGAAAGUAUAUGUUCAUAAAAUAAUGUACAUCAUAACAAUAUAUUUAUUAAUUUUUUCAUUUUAAAUAAUCGAGCGCUUUAAUUAUUUUGUCGUCGCAACGAUGAACAUUAAGAACACUAUGAUAUAAUGGCGAAUUAUAAAAUAAUUGUUCUUAAAUAUUAAGACGAGCAUUGCUCGAGAGAUCUUUAGAAAUCAGCGAUAUCGCCUAAUACUCUCAUUAUAGGAAUGUUUAUAUUGUUUCUAUCGGAUGAAAAUGACAUUUUUAAUCACUGUCAUCAUUGUAAUCAUCAUCGUCGUACUCGUGUCUGCCGUCGUAUCCACUUUGUUGCGAUUGUAUCGCGUUUUUGAUGGACGCGUCGGACGCCAAUUCUUCCGCGAUAAAACCAUCCUUGUUCCGUAACAACACGUCCACGUUGUGUUCCAGCAGUAAAUUUAUUACUUCCAAGUGUCCGUGACUCGCCGCCACAUGCAACGGUGUAUCGCCCAUUUUAUUCUACGAUUAACGGGAGAUAUUAGGAAUAUAACAUUAGAGAAAAUGAAGUACUGAUAAUAUAUCAAUAUAACGCGAUAAUAUAAUGAAUACUAUAGUAUAAUGAACACAUAAGUCAAAGUCCGUAUUCAUAUUUUAAAUUCCGUUAAAUAUUGUUAAAUGUUUGUUGCACCUACACUUAACGAUAUUAAAAUAAGAGAACAUAUCUCUAA